CACCCCGCGUCCUUCAUCAGCGCUUGCGCGGCGCGCGGACCUUCAACUUGGAUGUAAAGACCGCCCAGACUGGUUUCGACGACCGAUCGUGAACGUGACUGCGUGGUGGUUGCGGGAGCGCGCACGGGUUCGAAUCCCCCCGCGUGCGGAACUGUUUUUGGAGAUCGUGACGCGUUCAUGGCAUACGGACGUGUUUGACGGGUGGGCUACUACGACAUUGAUCUUCUGGUGGAUGUUUUAGACUUUCUUUGUUUCUGUGGAUAGACUUCAUCGAAUCGUUUUGUAUGAUUCAUAGUGCACGACAUUUGAUAAUCCUGUGAGGGAUAUUACGCGCUAUGGGUUUUCUCCUAGUGACUUUGUGAGGACGCAAAGAUGUAUACGUGGAAAAGCAUUGGAAAACGCCAGUGAAUUUGGGUAUGUUUGGAUACGACGCAUUCACUUAAAUCGAGCGAACUAAUCGUGUCGUGCUGAUGCCCGAGGAAACCAACAUUUGGAUAAAUUGAAGUUUUGCGCACACGCACCCACGGUGAUGCCGGAGGUCACUUCCACCAGAAGCGACAGGCUGGCGUCCAGAAGCAUUAUGUUUUUAUGCAACACCACAGCCAUCAAAGACUGGAGCUUUUUUCUUUCACAAAUCUUGCCCCUCGUGAACAAAUCCGCGGGUUUGGUCCAUCAGAGCAUGGAUCGGGUGGAGGCGGUGACGAGCACCAUGGUGACCGCGCUGGAGCCCGACCUGAGCGGCAUAAGCGCCAGUCACCCGCCGCUCGACCCUAACCACACGUCCGGGAUGGAGCACGUUUUCCAGUAUUCGUACUCUGAGAAUGACCUGCAGUACACGGACAACAGGACCCCGCCGAGGGGCUCCAUCCCGCUGCCCAAAGCGGUGCUCUACCUGGUCAUGGCCGCGCUGGUGGUGGUGGCCGUGGCUUACGCCAUCGUGGGGCACCUGUUGAAGGACCUCGUGCAUGAGUUUGUAGAGUGGGUGUUCGGGCCACGUUCUAACGACAGACAGAGCAAGAGUGAAGUAAACUGCAUUAGUAUGAAUGAAAUGAGUGAACUGUCUCAUCCGGUGGACUCUCACUGCAUCACUUACAAUCACUCAGAAACCCAGAGAACCCUAAAGCCAGAAGAACUGGUGGUCACCAUUAAUGAAACCUCACAACUACCUCGUGAAGGUCACUGCGGAACAUAAUAAAAGAAAAGGAUCUGUUUGGAUUCAGUCUUUAUAAUGAGGAGAAAAGCAGAUUUGCUUCAGGUUGAUCAGCGUCUGUGAUGAUGAGAGCCGUCACGGUGAAGUCACGUGAUCUUUGGCGGAAGGUUCGUCCUGGGAUUAAGAGACGCGAGGAACGCGACUUUAAAGGAAAUUAAACCAUUCACAAAUAACGUAUAUCACACACUCUAUGAACUUCUGACAACUCUUUAUUGGAGUGCUGAAAGAGACCUUACAUCUCCAAAAGGAUAUGGACGUGGAAAAAAGAGACAUCCUUCAGUCUUGUUACAUAAUAUUUUAGUUUUUUUCAUGUUUUGUGGAGACACGCACUGUGAAUCUGUAAUAGUGUUCCUCUGUUAUCCAUUUCAUACUGCUAACUGAUUCCUUCCACUUUGCAGAUAUUGAAUUUUCUGGACCACUUUGUAGUUCUUGCAGUUACUCACAAAUCACUUUCAAGUUUUCUCGAAAAAAGAAUGAAAAUACUACUGAAAUUCUGGCAAAGGGUUCCUUGAAAUGUCAGAUAUAAAGAUCACUCAGACAAAUGAAUAAUAAAAAUAUGAUGUGUUCUGUAAUUAAAGUAAACACCACACACUGUUCACUCAAAAUAUAUAUUUCAUUUAGAAUAAAACAGUUAAAUACACUUAUAAAUGAUAUUUAUAUGCAGUGUUGUCGUAUUUUUUAAAAGAUUCAUAAAUGUGUUUACUUCACAAAUAAGGGCUAUAAGUUCAGGUUUCAUUGUAAAUAGUUUCUUCUCUGCUGUUGUCAACAGAGUUUCGAAAUUGUAAAUCCUUACAAUAUUUUGUAAAUCAGAGUAGAUUUGCAAAAUGGGUUUGUUACAUAUAAGCUCAAUUGUUUUCAGCUGGCAAAAGAAAAGGUAUAAAAAAUGACAUCAUUGUUAAAUACAUUAGCUCAGACUAACUGAAACUAUAUGUAGUUUUCUUCUUUCCACUUUUCCAUUUACUUGUAGUGUUUUGAUCUCUGUUGCCAAAUUGUAAUGACAUGUCACAUACAAAACACAAUGCGUACAAAAUGUUAUGUUGUAAUACAUGUGUCUGGUUAAGUCUCAAACGUCAUGUAACAAAAAUGGAAAAGAUGUUAAAAAAAUAUGUUUUUUUCCUGUUAUGUCACGUUCUAAACAUUACACAAAAGGACACUUAAUAAAUGUGUGACGUAAUGUUUCUCUAAAUGAACUUUCCCAAGCUCAUCUUACAACAUUUUUCUAUUAAGUAUUUAUAUUAUUAUUUAAUACCAAAUUAACACCAAACCGAAAAAAUGCUCUUUACAAGUCUUAGGCAUAUGAACUAAUAUUUAAGUAUAUGUAAGCUAUAAAGAAAGACGUACCUACCUA